CAACUGAAUCUGCACAAUCUUUUAUAAUAAGUAUACCUCAUAGUAAUAUACUUCUCAAUGAAUAUCAAGAUCAAUAUCUUUUUUCUGCAGCUUUUCCAGUUUUAUAUUCAUAUGGAGUUGAGAGUUAUGAAGCUAUUGAGCAAGUGCAAAACAAAAAAAAUAUAACCAACUCUGUGAUACUUGAACUACUCAAAAAUAUCAAUAUUGCUUGUUCUAAAUUAAUGACUUCCCACCAAUCCCAUCUUCAUAUGCAUAAUAAAAUACAUGCUAUUAUCAUCCAAGAUGGUACCCCUUCUCUCUUUAUUAUGAUUAAUCCUGCUAACCUUCACAGUCCUAUUGUUAUGAUGUAUAUUGGAAAUAAAAUCAAUAUUGAAAAACUUACCUUAAACAAUUUUUCAAAAGUUACUGAAAGAUCUUGA